UCCUUUGCAACCCAUCCGCAUUGGGGAGAUGGUGUGGGUGUCAGGGGGACACCUCAGCACAGGCCGCUGUCUUGACCGGGGGCCUUUGGGGCUGCCACGAUGCUGGGUGGAUCUAGACCUUUUCUCCAGCCCAUACGUCUGAGGGCACCAUUGCGGUGAAGCUCCCAUGGCUGCAGUGCUCUAGGCAGCAUCCCCCCGGCCACGUGGCUCCCUGGGGACUCUCGCUGGUGGCACCUGCCUGGCAACUCCCUGUGGGAAAUGAAUGGUGGAGACGCAUGUUGGGUCUGAAAAACAUCCUCCUAUUCCUUGGGGCUGGCGAUGCAGAAAGCAGGCAAGACACGGCCGUCUGAUUGAUCGUGUGAUCUUACAUGGCUGACCUGCCUGACGCCGCCCGCCCGAAAUGUCGUCCGGCGAUAAGAACGGGGGCGGCCGCUCCAGCAGCAGCCGCCUGCAGAGCAAGAAGCCCCCCAACCUCUCCAUCGUCAUCCCCCCCCGCGAGGCAGAGGGGGACGGCAGCCGCAAGGAGCCCUCAAAGGUCCCCAUCUACCGAAAGAGCAAGAGCCUGCAGGAGUCCAGGUCGAAGAGAGACGACAGCUCUUCAGAGAAACAUCCUGGCUUCCGCCGACAGACCUCCCUGUCCCAGAGCAUCCGCAAGGGCACAGCGCAAUGGUUUGGCGUCAGCAGCGACUGGGAAGGAAAGCGGCAGCACUGGCAGCGCAAGAGCUUGCAGCACUGCAGCAUGAGAUACGGCAAGCUCAAGGCUGCCUACCGCGACCUGGAGCUCCCCAGCCAGGAGGUGCCCUCCUUCCAGGGCACCGAGUCGCCAAAGCCGGCCAAGAUGCCCAAGAUCGUAGAUCCGCUGGCCAGGGGCCGUCCCUUCCGCCGCCCCGAGGAGACCGAUCGCCCCCGCACGCCCCACCACACCCUGCCCCCGCUGACUCCCGGCGUCGCCUCCUUGGCCUCCUUCAACAGCAUCCGCUCCGGCUACAGCCGCGUGCCCCGCCGGAAGAGGGAAUCCGUCGCGCACAUGAGCUACAAGGCGGCCACGGCGCUUCUCCGUGGACGCUCUGUGCUGGAGCCGCUGGCUCAGAAGCAGAAGAGCAACAAGAGGAGCUUUGUGUACCCCAGCUUCAUGGACGAGGACAUGGUGGACACUGCCGAUACCCUGGACUCAUCCUUCUUCAGUAAGAUGGACAUGCAUGACGAGACGUACUCCAUGCCGGAUGAUGUCUUUGAGUCACCACCUCUAUCGGCCACGUAUUUGCGCAUGCACCCGGUGGGGGAGGAUGUCAGGGUGUCCCCGGAGGUGGAGCAGCCCACUCCAAGGGAGGGUGCCCGGCUCGCCCCAGCCUCUGCCGGCCCCGCUCCCAGGAGAGGCAGGCGCAUCGCUUCCAAAGUGAAACACUUCGCCUUCGACCGCAAGAAGCGCUACUACGGGCUGGGAGUGGUGGGGAAGUGGCUGAACAGGACGUACCGCCGGAGCCUGAGCAGCAUAGUGCAGUCCCAGCUGGAGAACACCGACAGCCACCGGCCAUAUUUCACCUACUGGAUCACCUUUGUCCACAUCCUCAUCACCUUGCUGGUCAUCGGCACGUAUGGCAUCGCCCCCAUCGGCUUCGCCCAGCACGUGACAACGCAGUUAGUGCUGAGGAACAAAGGCGUCUACGAAAGCGUCAAGUACAUCCAGCAGGAGAACUUCUGGAUUGGGCCCAGCUCGAUCGACCUGAUCCACCUGGGGGCCAAGUUCUCCCCCUGCAUCCGGAAGGACCGGCAGGUGGAUCGGCUUAUUCAGCGCGAGAGGGACCGGGAGCGCAACUCCGGCUGCUGCGUCCAGAACGACAACUCGGGCUGCAUCCAGACGCUGCCGCAGGACUGCUCGGAGACGCUGGCAACAUUCAUUAAGUGGCCCGGCACCAAUGCACCAACGAUGGGCUCCGGCAAGAAGCGGACCUCAGGGGCCGUGUGCCAUCAGGACCCCCGGACGUGCGAGGAGCCAGCAUCAAACCCGCCCCACGUGUGGCCGGACGAUAUCACCAGGUGGCCGAUUUGUACCUACGAGACCAAAACGAACCACACGGGCUUUGCGCACCUGGACUGCCAGAUCAAGGGCAGGCCCUGCUGCAUCGGCACCAAGGGCAGCUGCGAGAUCACGACGCGGGAGUACUGCGAGUUCGUGCACGGCUACUUCCACGAGGAGGCGACGCUCUGCUCGCAGGUGCACUGCCUGGAUGAAGUCUGCGGCCUGCUGCCCUUCCUCAACCCGGAGGUCCCCGACCAGUUCUACCGCCUCUGGCUGUCCCUGUUCCUGCACGCAGGGGUCAUCCACUGCCUGGUGUCGGUGACUUUCCAGAUGACAGUGCUGAGGGACCUGGAGAAGCUGGCAGGCUGGCACCGCAUCUCCAUCAUUUUCAUCCUCAGUGGCAUUACGGGCAAUCUGGCCAGCGCCAUCUUCCUGCCCUACAGAGCAGAGGUGGGCCCGGCCGGGUCCCAGUUCGGCUUGCUGGCCUGCCUCUUCGUCGAGCUCUUCCAGAGCUGGCAAAUCCUGGAGAAGCCUUGGAAAGCCUUCCUCAACCUCUUCGGGAUCGUCCUCUUCCUCUUCGUCUGCGGGCUCUUGCCGUGGAUCGACAACAUCGCCCACCUCUUCGGCUUCCUCAGCGGCCUCCUGCUCUCCUUCGCCUUCCUGCCCUACAUCACCUUCGGCACCAUGGACAAGUACCGCAAGCGGGCCAUGAUCAUCGUGUCGCUGCUGGUCUUCGUGGGGCUCUUUGCCUCACUGGUGAUCUGGCUGUACGUCUACCCCGUGAACUGGCGCUGGAUAGAGUAUCUCACGUGCCUGCCCUUCACCAGCAAGUUCUGCGAGAAGUACGAGCUGGAGCAGGUCUUGCACUGAGCCUGGCGGAGCAGACGAGGCCGCGGCGGCGCGGGGAGAGGGAGCGGCGCCGCUUUUCCAAGCGGGGCGAUCGGGCACGGGGUGGGUUUUUAGCCGGCCCGGAGGCGGCGGCGGAGCGGGUCGUGGUUUUCGCAGCAGGGAAGCCGCACCGCGGCGAGGCGGGUGCUCUGGGACGGGGUGUGCCCCGGCUCACCCGUGUCGCCCCGGGGAGGGGGGGGGAGCGCGGCUGGACCCGACCUGGCUUGCACUCCUUCGGGGCCGCGAGGGCCGGGCGGCCGCCCCGCGGCACCGAAACGCCAUAACCGCCAGGUUUGGAGACCAGCCCGGGAUCCCAGCUCCUGCCCGGACGGCGGGCUGGGGGGGGGGGGACCACCCAGCUUCGGGGUGUCCGCGGCCGAGCUGGGGCGAGAGGCGUUUCGCUCCGGCCUCAAAAGCGCUUCGGUGCCUCGACGCCGGAGCUGCCCCGGCUCUCGCGUCGGGCCCCCGCUGCGCCGCGGGCCUGCCCCUCUCUCAUACUGUGAACACAACCCCCUGCUCGCAGGGGCGCUGCUUUUCCUACACCCGGCUCGCGGGGGGCCCCGGCCCUUGCUGCCAGGCUUGGGCUCAGCGUGGCUCUUCCCCGAGCUGCCCUGGGGGGCGGACGUGGGUCCGCGGCAGCCCUGGGAUUUCUGCGAGGGAGCCGCGGUGGCUUCCCAAACACAAGCUCUGGGCUGCCGCGAGGACCCCCGACGGCCUCCCUGGCUCGGGCUCCCUGGAGCCUCUGCUCGGAGCUGAGGUUCGAUGGUUUUUCUUUUUCAGUCCCACGUUCCCCUCCGAUGUUCCCAUGAGGCCUCCAAAUAGGCUUUUGUUGCUGUUGUUUUUGAAACAGGUUCUUCACUGGAUAUAGAGUCAGGAACAGGGGGGCUUCUUUUUCCCUUAUUUCCGUGGAGUUCCCUCUCCCCUUUUUCUUUUUUUUUUAAGUGGAGAAGCAGCACGUGCCAGCUUCGCAGCAAGGUGCUGGGAGAUGGUUGCUGGGAAAAACGUGCCAAUGGUUUUGUUGGGCUCCUUCUGAAGCCCAAGGAGAGGCAGGAUGCGGCCCAACGCCGCCUGCCCUCAGACCCCUCGGGAAGCCUUUGGCGUUCCCGCCUUUCACUGCUGCCUUGAGUAUUACCUCUUUCCUCCCUUCGGAAAGUGGGGCAGAGAUGUGGGUAACCUUUCCUGUGUCAAAUGAUCCUGGAUGGACCAAGGAGCACCUGCCGGCGGGCACUCGCGGCUCGGGCUGAGCCCCGGGUGCCCUCGCAUGCCGGGAGCCUCCAGGCUCUCCUUUCUCUCCCAAUAUUCCCAAAGCAUCUCCUCCUCCCUCCUCGGACAGGCCUCCGCACGAGGACGGGUCCUUCCUGGAGUCCAGGUGACUCCUCUGGGCUGGUUCAGGCCCGCGCUGGGGCCAAGCCGCGCCUGCCUGGCGCGUGUCUCGGUCAGCGGUGGGUCUCGGCAGGGUUGGGUGGGGGACGGCGUGGAUCGCCCGGCCGCGAGGCCCCGGCGGGGCUCGGAGAAGCGUUGAAGGGUCGCUGGGGCGUCCUUGGCCGUGGGGCUCUCCGGGCUGGCCGAGGAGCGCCCCGAGCCCGGCCGCGGCUCCGCGGCGCGGGCAUCCGUCGUGGCCGCUGGCCAGUUUUCUCCCCGAGCCCCGUUCCUCUGGUGCUGCUGCAGCCAAAGACACUUCACCUCAUUUGUCUCUUUUUUGAUACUUUUUUAAAAAGCUGUGUUUUUCCCUUAAUAAAUUUCUACCUGUAUUUAAGGAGA